CACAAUGAAAAUCAAAUAUGGUUGGAAAGCGCUGAUUACAAAUCUAAACAAAUAACGAAAUCAGAUAUAGAAAAGUUAAACAUGAUUCUUUGAAAAUGUCAACAAGUCAGAUGGAUCAUUCAAGCUGUAACACCCAACCGGAUGUUUCGGUUCGAACGAUCCAACCACCGGAGAAUGGCACAAAGGUUCCAACUAUUGAUGACUUUGUUUUCGUCAAGCCUAUAAGCAGAGGAGCUUUUGGAAAAGUGUUUUUGGGACAUAAGAAGGGCAAGCCAGAUCAACUUUAUGCUAUAAAAGCCAUGAAGAAGUCAGACAUGAUCAACAAAAACCUCACAACCCAAGUUGUGACAGAGAGAGAUGCCAUGGCCAAGGUGUUAAGUCCAUAUGUGGUGCAGCUGUUCUACUCCAUUCAGUCUCAGCAGAACAUUUUCCUGAUUAUGGAAUAUCUGAUUGGAGGGGAUUUGAAGAGUUUGCUGUCUGUAGCAGGAUACUUUGAUGAGCACAUGGCAGUUAUGUAUGUAGCUGAGGUAACCUUGGCUCUGGAAUAUCUCCACAAGAAGAGAAUUAUACACAGGGAUUUGAAACCUGAUAACAUGCUGAUAAGCAACAGUGGACAUAUAAAACUGACAGACUUUGGAUUGUCCAAGAUUAACAUGAGUUUUAAUCACCAUGAUGUUCCAAUGACCCCUAAAACUCCCAUGACACAUUAUCAGCCUAACUUUGAGUACUUCCGUACUCCAGGUCAGAUUCUCUCACUGAGAAGUUCACUAGCAUUUAGUGCAGAGAAGCAGCAUUCAAGUAUAUCAAGAACAUCUGACAAGAAAGGCUUUAUCCCACAGAGUCCCCUGACAGAGAUUUCAACAAAUAUGUCUCCAUCAAAUAUGGCAAUUUCUGAUUCAGUUUCUGGAACUCCCAGGUUGCCGCAGAAUAAACUCUUGAAACAGAAAUCCAUGCGAGAUAUUCUGUUGUCACACUCUAUAUCUAAAAGCAUGCAGGUACCUAUGUCUACCCCUGGAAAAGAAGUGAACAAAAGGAAGGCGCCAGUUUCAAGUCUCAGGUCCACUCUAGAGGCUUCAUUAAACUGGACAAAGUCAACAGAUAGCGAAAGUGAUGGAACCUGUCAUAGCACAGUAAACAUCAGUGAUUUAAGCUCCAUAGCUCACGUGUCUAGACCUGUCGGGCUGUCAGUAGCCGAAAGAGAUAGUAUUGAUCAAUUUAGGACAGAUUCUAUUGUGACGGCAGACAGUAGCUUUGUCCAUUCGAAUCAUUGUAACAGUUUUGAUGAAUCGGACAGUGUUUUCCUAAACGUUUCUGAGACUGAUUCAGAAUUAAAGAGAAGUAUAAACUUCACGGAAAGUGACAUGGCGAAUUUGAAGCAUUUUGAGAAAGGCAAAUCUAUAAACAAACAAACGUGUUACUGUCACGGAUCGAUUGGUAAACAGGCCGAAUGCUCUGAGUGCCGGAGUCAUGCGAAAGUACCUUCUCGGCAGGAAAAAUUUACAGAUGACACGCCACAGAUGCAUCGUACAGAUGAGUCAGUUUGGAAUUCAUAUGCUGCGAAAAAUUUACAAGCGCUGAGAAUGGGUUCAUAUAAUUCUGAAGAUAGCGAUAGUGAUGCAAACAGUAAAGAAAAUGAGAAUCCUAAUCAUGUUAACACAUCAUUGAAAACUAAUUCUGUACAUCAUAAUUUAAAAGCCAAAUGUGAUAGUGAACCUAUUGUCAAGCACUGUUCUCGUAAGCUGGUUAAAGCUAAAAGUUUUUCCUACCCGUCGGAUGAGGAAUCUGAUGAGGGUACAAGAUAUCACAGUCACAUUAAGUUCGCACGCAAAAGAAGUUUUUGUGAUGUUGAACUGAGUCCUGUUAGACGAGCCUCUAGUGCAGAUACAGGACUUACGCAAGAGUUCAGAUUGCUCAGAUUUAAUGGAUGUGAACCAUUUUCGAAGAGAAGUCAUUCUUUGCCAAGAACGAGAAUACGAUUCAACAGCGGUUCGGAUACUUGGAAGAGAGAGCCAGUUACCUCAAAGCUAAGUGUUGAACAAGAUUUUGACACACAGGCCUGUCUGAAGAAUAUUGCUGAAAGUAGUAAAGUAUUGCUAGAGACAGAUAACUUAACAGCUCUCUCUGCAGACGAACACCGACUUAUGGAGGGUUUGAGUGAUACGUCCUUCUCCGAAUCAGAUAAAAAUGGAAAACAGAUGGAAACGUCAAUCUCACAGGUUGCAGAUAACGUAGACAAUAUACAGCCUGAUGAGCCAGUCUUACAUGGUGAUAGAGGAAUGUUUCCAUUGGUCAACAAACACUUGACAAGCCUCAAGAAGCCGGUAGUGUCGAGUCUGAGGUCAUUGAGCGAAAUAGGCGUAGCAAGUCCUGACAUAUCUAGUAUUCAUGAGAAUGAUGAGUCAAAUGAUUCUAAAGCUUCUGUUGAUACGGAUAGGUCAGUUUUUACCUCCAAGAAUGAGAGUUCCCAAGAAUAUCUGAGACACAGGUCGCCAUCACCCCCUGUACGACAGAGAGAUCGUAGCAUAUCUGUCCCAUCCGAAGAUAUGCCAUUACUGCCACCACCACCUACUAAAACUAGAAGACCAUCUGGAAAGAAGACUCCAGCAAAAAUCCAGUUUGCGUCUGUAGCCACAUGUAUACCACCUUAUGUAUACAAUGAUUCUCGCAGCAGAAAUAGUUCCGGCAAAUCUGAAAUACCUAUGACUCCUGAACCUACAAGAAAUAAGGUGAAUUUUUGUACUCCAAAUAUGAAAUGCCCACAGACACCUAGAACCCCACAGCAAAAGCCUUUUCUAAGAUCUCAGUCAUUUGCAUGUCCAAUGAAGACACCAUACCGGACCCCAAAGUCUGUAAGAAGGGCUCCACCGCCUGAGGAGGAAGAGAGAAUUUUAGGUACCCCAGACUACCUAGCUCCUGAAAUUUUACAUCAGCGACCACAUGGGCCAGCUGUGGACUGGUGGUCGCUGGGGAUCUGUAUGUUUGAGUUCCUGACAGGAGUUCCUCCCUUUAAUGAUCAGACCCCUGAUCUAGUGUUUGAAAACAUCUUAAAAAGAGAUAUACCCUGGCCUGAAGGUGAAGAAGCACUCAGUGAGAACUGUAAACAAGCUAUAGAUGCUCUCCUUACAAUGGAGCCGGGACACAGACCAGGUGCUAAAGCUGUUAAGAAGAUGGCAGCUUUCAGAAGUAUAGACUGGGACAAUUUGAUAGAUACGGAAGCACCAUGGAUACCUCAGCCAGAUGAUAACAUGGAUACCACUUACUUUGAAGCAAGGAAUAUGAUGCAGGAUCUGUUUGUCUCAGAUGUGGAUUUCUAAUGAAGAGAGGGAGAUUCAGCAUGCAGUAUAACAUCUGUUAAAAACGCCUCGAAGGAGCGAAAAUGUCUCUUGACAAAUGAGAAAGAAAUUUUUCCCAACAAGGACAUCUUUUUUCCCCAGUUAAAAUUAAAUCCCUUCAGAGCAGCCUCUGUCUUCCUAAUGGGGUUCACUCUAGUGAUACUGCAAUGUUCAACAUUCUUGAAGCUUGUCUUCUUUACAGACAUUCUUUAUCAUAUAUCUUUUAAAUACAGAUUAAUUUUGAUUGACAGAUCGUUUUUUAUAAUACUGUUACAUUUUUUCAGUUGAUUGAAUAAUUAUGCUAAUAUCCAAAAAGUUGUAUGUAACUUUAUCAUAGCUUAGUUUAUAAAAAAUAUUUCUAAAAUGGGUUAUAUUGGGCUUUCCAUUAGAUUAGAAUUAUAUAAAUUAUAUUUGUAUAUGCAGAGGGCAUUAAACAGCUGUUUAGAAAAUAUUGUUAAUUGAUAAUUGCUUGUCUAUAAAUGCUUGAUUCGGAGACUUGGAUAUAGGAAUGCUAUACAAAUGUGUACACUGCUUAAUAAUUUAUUUUACCUUGUAUGCAUUUUAAUUAUACCAGAAACCUACUAAAUUUCUAUAAUAAACUUAUCCAUAUUUCAAUUUGGACAGUACCAUUAACUGUUAAUAGGGGUGCUUACCAAAAAGAUACUGACUGAAUGGCAAACAGUGCAGAUAAUGAUCAGACUGCACAGAUGUGCAGGCUGAUCAUGAUCUACACAGGUUGCAACAGCAGAAUCAGUCGAGUCAGCAUGAGAGGGGUUAAUAAUAUGUAAUCUAAUAAAUGCUUUAACAUUCACUGCAGCUGAGUUUCAGUGUGGAGGCCGCUUUUAUGGUGAUAUUUGUAUAUCUUAUUUAUUGCUUUUCAGGCUUAUAAUGCUUCUAGUCAUACAUGGGGUAGAAUAUUUGUCUGUCAGCACAAAACUGUUACAAUUCUAUAUAAAUAAAGAAGUUGUACACUUUUGGGGCAAAUAUACUUGAUUUAUUUUAAAGACAUGAAUAGUAGAACAUCAAUGGGAAUGAUGAUAAAAUCUUCUUUAUUAAAUGUUGUUUCUUAGGAUUUCAUUAAGAUUUUUUUUUAAAUGCAAAAAUUUAAAUUUCAGAUUCCAGAGUCUGAAAUUUUAUGUAUUUUCGUUGAUUAUUUAACUACUAUUAUAUGAACUGGUAAGAAAAAAUAUAGAAUUAUCCCAAUCAAAAAGGAGGAAGGUUAAGAAAUACUGUUGUUGAAGUAAGGUUUUGAUUUAUAUAGACUAGUUUAUCAUGAAUGGGGUUUUGUUGAUAAAUGAUACUUGUUGUUUUUGUAUAUACAUAUUAUAUUUGCACUUAACAAAAUUAGCAUGAAUGUUGUUUGCACAAACAAAGGGCAAGUGGAACAGAUCAAAGGUAUACAAAUUUGUCUUUGCCGACAACACAUGUUUAUUGACAAUUUUAUGACACAAACUUUUUAUUUUAAUCACACAUACGUCAGUUAAAUAUUCUUACUUGUCUGUGAAACAAAAUUAUUCAGAGUUAGCAUUCCUGCUAACAUUUUGUAAUGAUGCUGUUAAAAAUAACAGGUUUUUAGAAAUGAAGGAAAAUACAAAUCUGUUCUAAUAAUUGUUAUAUUUGCUAUGUCUUCUUUAAUGAGUUAAGGCUAGAAACUUUAUAUUUCGUUAAAAUGGCAGCCAUUUUGUUUCCUUGGAAACGUUAAACAAAAUUGCAAAUCCACCCAAACUGUAACAGUGAUUUUGUAAAUUGUGGUUAUUAUAAUUAAUUUAAAAGUUUUAAUGUAAAAGCAACUCUUGGGUUCAGGUUCAUGGAUUUUCAGAUAUCUAGACAUAAAUGUGAUCAUCAUUAUGCAACGAGGUCAAAGACUCGAAGGUCAAAUAGCUCUAUUUUGUGCUCACUCCUGAUCUUCUAAACCAUUGAAAAUGUUUUCAUUAAACUGUGUACAGAUGUGCACUUUAUCAGUAUGACAUUCAGAUUGCAGGUCACUAGGUCAAAUCGCAAGGUCACACUUGGAGGUCAAUGGUCAUGGUCACAACAUUUCACUUUCCCUACAUAACAAAAGUUAUUUCUUGUUUCAAAUUUCCAUACUGCAGUUCCCUAUUGCCUGAGCCAUUUCUGGUUUGAUGUGAUAAUAUAAAUAUUGCAAACAAAUGUAAAAAUAUGCAGUGGUUGAUAUUCUUGAUUUUUAGCUCUUUAUCUCCGUAAUUACUAGAUGGAUUUCCUCAUCAUCACCCACAUCAUAUGACACAAGGUCCAUAACUCUGACACCAAUUUUUCAUGAAUUAUGCCCCCCUUUUGCUUAGAAUUCUGAUGCAUUUUCACUAUAUCUCAGUUAUUACUAAAUGGAUUUGAUUCAAACUUGAAGUAGUUGUUUCACAUCAUCACCUACAUCUAAGAUGAACUUGUCCAUCUUUCAAUUUGGAUGGUACCAAGUGCUUACCAAAAAGAUACCAACUGAAUGGCGAACAGUGCAGACUAUGAUCAGACUGCAUGGAUCUGCAGGCUGAUCGUGAUCUGCACUGGUCGCAAAGGCAGAAUCACUUGCCGCCAGAAGGCUGUGGGUUAAUGGUGAGCAGUUUCCAUAUUUAUGCAAUACUUAUGUAUGUUAUUUUAUAUUGUGUAUAUCCAAGACUAUUUUGUUAAGUAUAGUUGCUAUUGUUUAUUUUUACAUAUAAAUGCCUUUCAGAUUUGAUGAAUAAUCUUUCAUUGUGAUUUUUCUGCAUCACCUCUCCAGUGUAAAAUCCAACUAAGUGACUAAAUGAUUAUUGUUUCUAUUGUUAUGUACAAGUAAAUGACACAUUGUGCAUUGUUUAGCAUGACGUUUAUUUCAUAAAGAUGUAUCACUUGCUUUCACCUCUUAGGGUUCAAGCCCUGCUUGAGUAAUCAUGUGGGAAAGCUAUCCAGCUUGCUUACAGAAGGUCUGUGGUCCUAACCAGAGUUCUUUCUUGAAAAAUCACCAUGUGGCAUAAAUUCAUCAAUGCAGCUUAACACCCAAAAUAUUUCUGUCAGAUUUUUUUAGCUCACCUGAGCAUUGAGUUUUUCUGAUCGCUCGAUGUCGGGCGUCUGUCGUCUGUCUGUCUGUCUGUCAACAUUUAGCUUGUGUAUGCGAUAGAAGCUGUAUUUUUCAACUGAUCUUCAUGAAAAUUGGUCAGAAUGAUUACCUUGAUGAAAUCUAGGCCGAGUUCGAAAAUGGGUUAUCUGGGAUCAAAAACUAGGUCACUAGGUCAAAUCAAAGAAAAACCUUGUGUAUGCGAUAGAGACUGUUUUUUUCAACUGAUCUUCAUGAAAUAUGGUCAGAAUGAUUACUUUGAUGAAAUCUAGGCCGAGUUUGAAAGUGGGUCAUCUGGAGUCAAAAACUAGGUCACUAGGUCAAAUCAAAGAAAAACCUUGUGUGUGCGAUAGAGGCUGUAUUUUUCAAUUAAUCUUCAUGAAAAUUAGUCAGAAUGAUUACCUUGAUGAAAUCUAGGCCGAGUUCGAAAAUGGGUUAUCUGGGGUCAAAAACUAGGUCACUAGGUCAAAUCAAAGAAAAACCUUGUGUAUGCGAUAGAGCCUGUAUUUUUAAGUUAAUCUUCAUGAAUUUUGGUCAGAAUGAUUGCCUUGAUGAAAUCUAGGCCGAGUUCGAAAAUGGGUCAUCUGGGGUCAAAAACUAGGUCACUAGGUCAAAUCAAAGAAAAACCUUGUGUAUGUGAUAGAGGCUGUAUUUUUCAGUUAAUCUUCAUGAAUUUUGGUCAGAAUGAUUACCUUGAUGAAAUCUAGGCCGAUUUCGAAAAUGGGUCAUCUGGGUUCAAAAACUAGGUCACUGGGUCAAAUCAAAGAAAAACCUUGUGUAUGCGAUAGAGGCUGUAUUUUUCAGUUAAUCUUCAUGAAUUUUGGUCAGAAUGAUUAUAUAAUAUUGAUGAAAUCUAGGCUGAGUUUGAAAAUGGGUCAUCUGGGUCAAAAACUAGGUCACUAGGUCAAAUCAAAGAAAAACCUUGUGUAUGCGAUAGAGGCUGUAUUUUUCUAUUAAUCUUUAUGAAUUUUGGUCAGAAUGAUUACCUUGAUGACAUCUAGGCCGAAUACGAAAACGGGUCAUCUGGGGUCAAAAACUAGGUCACUAGGUCAAAUCAAAGAAAAACCUUGUGUAUGCGAUAGAGGCUGUAUUUUUCAAUUAAUCUUCAUGAAUUUUGAUCAGAAUGAUUUCCUUGAUGAAAUCUAGGUCAAUUUCGAAUAUGGGUCCUCUGGGAUCAAAAAGUAGGUCACUAGGUCAAAUCAAAGGAAAAGCUUGUAUAUGCAAUAGAGGCUGUAUUUUUGAAUUGAUCUUCCUGAAAUUAAGUCCAAAAUGAUAACCUUAAUGAAAUCUAGGCCGAGUUUGAAAAUGGGUCAUCUUGGGUCAAAAAGUAGGUCACUAGGUCAAAUCAAAGAAAAACCUUGUGUAUGCGAUAGAGGCUGUAUUUUUCAAUUGAUCUUCAUGAAAUUUGGUCAGAAUGAUAGUUUUGAUGAAAUCUAGGUCAAGUUUGAAUAUGGGUCUCGUACUCUGGGGUCAAAAAUUAGGUCACAGGUCGAAUCAAAGAAAAUACUUAAAAAAAUAAUAUUUAAACUCAAGAUUUUUGCUCCAAUUUUAAUGAUAAUUGGUCAGAAUAUUUUUUUCCAUGAAAUCACUAGGUCAAACAUGUUUACACUGUUAUGGUGUGUUUCUCAGGUGAGCGACCUAGGGCCAUCUUGGCCCUCGUGUUUUCUUCUUUUUUCACAAAGAAAAUUAAGAAUAGAAGAAUAGAAUUAAAAGGUAACAAUUGUUUUCAGUAUAAUGUUUGGUGUAGUUGUACUUGUUAGGUUAGUAUCUCCAUAUUGUACAGAGUAAUGUUAAAUAACCUAGUACAUUUUUAAUAUUACACAGGAAUAAAUAUUUUUACAACACCUAGAGAAUAUUGUUUACAAAAGAGCAUGAGAUACAUUAUAUGUACAUGGAGUUUAAAGAUGCGGGUCCUUUUGAUUGUUUGACAAAUCAUAAAUCACAAUUUGCAUGGAUUUGAUUUGGUGGCUGCAGUCAACUAGCCUGGCUCCCUGGCUGCAUGGUUAUUUUUCUUUAAAUACUGCAAACCUUUCAUAAGUAAAUUUUAAGCCUCUGAAAUAGCACGUUUUAUCUGAUGGCUGAACCAUACCUAUGUUUGGAGCCAGGGGCAACCUGCUGGAGUUACUUCCCCUGUUUAUGAGGAAAAUUUAUAUAUGAGAAUUAUAACAGAACAAACAUCGGGCGGGGAGCCAGUCUAGAAGCUGACAGUCACAACAGAUUGAAUUGUUUUGGUAUAGAUAUUACAACUCAGUAGAAACAAGUAGAACUGAUUAUAUGCUAAGUAAUUUAUUUGUUUAUAAUGUGGAUAUGUGCUGUUUUCUCAUUUUAGCAAUAUGGAAAUAAAUCAGACAAUAAUUGAUA